CUUUUCUCGGUAAGGAGAGGGACUACUCAACACACUUUGCUGUUUUUGUGAGAAUAUUUGAGGAGGUUUUUGGUGCCGCCGGUACCUGUUCUGAAACUUUUCAGCCCGGGAACCUGCGCAUCUCUUCCCCAACCUCCAGUGACAGCUAUUCCCUUCGACUUAACCAUCGUGCGCAAGCCUGGGGUGACUGUCAGGCAGUCAUGCUGUAGAGUCUCUACAAGGUAGACAGCGGAGUGGAUCUGAAGUUUGCGGUGCGCAUGAGUGGGACCAUGCAAGGACAACACAACAGAGGACUGAAGAACCUGAGGCUGCUGCUUCUGUGCGUCUCCAUCGCCAUCCUCGCCUCAGAAGUGCACGCGGGUGGGAAGAAGCACAGUGGCCCCUGUGGAGGAAGAGACUGCAGCGGAGGCUGUCAAUGUUUCCCAGAGAAGGGUGCCAGGGGGCAGCCCGGGCCUCUUGGUACUCAGGGUUCCCAAGGGCCUUUGGGGAGACCAGGUGAUCCAGGUAUCCAAGGACCAAAGGGCCAGAAAGGUGACCAGGGCUUUGGUGGCGCCAUAGGUCCUAAAGGAAGUUUGGGAAUGACAGGCGUUCCUGGGUUUUCUGGAAACGAUGGUAUUCCUGGACACCCAGGACAAGCUGGGCCCAGGGGUAGACCAGGUGCAGAUGGCUGUAAUGGCACACAAGGAGAACCAGGGUCACCGGGUCAACCGGGCUAUAAUGGAUCCCCUGGUUUUCAUGGACACCCAGGCACGAAGGGAGCGAAGGGAGACUCUCUGGAGCUGAGCGUCUACAUGGAGCGUUUCAGGGGAGAUCCAGGAUAUUCAGGACAAAAUGGAAUAUUUGGGCCUCCGGGACUCCCAGGAUGGCACGGCAACAGAGGGAUCCCAGGGCCGAAGGGUCCCCCAGGGCCUCCUGGUCCCCCCGGACCAAAGGGCACGAUGACCAAAGUGCUGAAGGGAGUCAAAGGAAGCCCAGGGGACGCUGGACCUCCAGGGCCUCCAGGAAACUCUACCCAUCAACAAACUGGACCUGUCACGGGACCUCCUGGCAACAAAGGUCAGAAAGGAGAACUAGGAGAUCUGGCUGACAACAAAGGAGAAACUGGUGUGAUGGGUUUCCCUGGUCCACGGGGUGAGUCUGGUGUAGAUGGGCGUCCUGGACUUAGGGGGGAUCUCGGUGAACCAGGACCAAACGGCAGAGAUGGUCCUAAGGGAGUCAGAGGUGACCCGGGAGAACUGAUUUCAUCAGGAUCCUUUUGGCCUUGGCCUUCAGUAGGACUAACCGGUCCUCCUGGUAAGGACGGUCCAAAAGGCGAGAGGGGCCCGAUUGGAGACCAGGGCCUGCCCGGACCCCCAGGACCACCUGCCUAUGAUUCACAGCAACAAGUGUUCGACUUCAUGGGGCCGUUUGGUUUUAAGGGAGAAGCGGGAGAUAAAGGCGAACAAGGAGAUCGAGGACUCACUGCUCUCAGUCCAGGACCUCCAGGCAGCCCUGGGCGGCAAGGUGUCAUGGGGGAGCCAGGACCCACUGUUACAUGGGCUGAUUUGUUUAAGGGGCCUCCCGGCGGGAGAGGAAGACCUGGCAUCCCAGGCCACAAAGGAAUGAAAGGUGAUCAUGGAGAAUGUCAGUGCACCAUUGUGAACUCUCCCGUGGGUCCACCUGGCCCUGCUGGUGAUCCUGGUGAUGCUGGGAUGACGGGAGAGUUUGGUCAGCAGGGUGAUGUAGGAGACCCAGGUCCCCACGGAGAGACCGGAUUCCCUGGACCGGCUGGACUCAGCGGUAUUCCAGGCCCAAAAGGUCAAAAAGGGAAGGACUCCGUGGCCACUGAGAAAGGAUAUUCUGGAGACCCAGGAGAUCCUGGGCGAGAUGGUGACCCAGGAGUGCCAGGCGCUCCGGGCCGAGCUGGUUUGCCUGGUUUCCCCGGGGCCCAAGGUUUUCGAGGGGAAGGUCCCACAGGAGAGCGUGGAGACAAAGGUUUCCCAGGUCUGCCUGGUCGACCCGGUGUAGCUGGGCAAAGGGGAGAACCAGGUGCAGACUGGAUAGGCAUCAAAGGCCAGCGUGGUUUACCUGGAGACGACGGCAUUGCGGGUCAUCACGGAGUUCCAGGACUACCUGGAAGCCCAGGCGGCUGUAGUCCAACACGAGAUGGAGGACAGGUGGAUGUAACAGGUCCUUGCGAAGCUAUUCCAGGAUCUCCUGGGCCGCCUGGACAUCCUGGACCAUCUGGAUUACCGGGUGUCCCAGGUUAUCCAGGCCCAAAGGGAUCAGUGGGUCAUUUUGGAGUACAGGGAGAGAAGGGAGAAACAGGAGAAUAUGGCAUAGGUGGACGUACUGGACCACCAGGUUUUUCCGGACCCCGUGGAGAUUCGGGGCAUGAUGGCACUAAAGGUGUAGAAGGAAUCCGUGGAUUGCCUGGUAGAGCCGGCCGGUAUGGGCCAGAAGGUGAGAAAGGUCCUCAUGGAGAGAUCUUUGGAGCAUCUCAAGGACCCCCUGGUGACCCAGGCUAUCAAGGGCUUCAAGGAAAUAAAGGCCAAACUGGUGAUCCAGGAGAGCCAGGAUAUCCAGGAAUGCCCGGCAUGCCCGGUAUGAUCGGCUACAAGGGUGAGAGUGGCCCUCAUGGUCUGCAGGGUGAGGAAGGGAAGCCUGGGCCUGCGGGCAAAUAUGGCUACCCUGGUGAUCCUGGGAGUGCUGGUCUACCUGGGCCGCAUGGUGAAACCGGACGACCAGGUGUCACAGGAGAAAGGGGAACUGAAGGAGACCCCGGCCCUCCAGGUCCAAUAGGAUUAAAAGGUGUCCCAGGGCUGCACGGUGCUGAUGGUGUCAUUGGAGAGUCUGGCCCAAUAGGUGACCCAGGACUGCCUGGUGAAGAGGGGCGCCCAGGAGUUCCAGGAAUGAAGGGAUACAAAGGGUCUGCUGGCAUGGCAGGUUUUGAGGGUAUCAGAGGUGAUAAGGGGCCGAAGGGCUUCAGCGGGUUGUCAGGAGAACCUGGAUUUCCAGGCCAAACUGGUCUAAAAGGAGUGAUGGGUCAAAGCGGACCAAAAGGUGAUCGUGGUUUGGAUGGACCACCCGGAGACAAACCUCACAUCCCUGCCAGUGUUAUGAAGGACAUGAAGGGAGCCAAGGGAGACACUGGAUAUGCAGGAAAUCAAGGUUUCACCGGGCAGAGAGGUAUUAAGGGUUUACCUGGUGUGCCGGGUUACGAGGGAUCUCAUGGUCUUCCUGGAGACCCCAGCACUAAGAAAGGUUACCAAGGAGACCCAGGAGCACAGGGGCUGCCAGGGAUCAAAGGAAUGCCAGGCCUGACUGGAAAUCGAGGAAUUACUGGUUUUGAGGGAAUGCCCGGCGACAGGGGAACUAAAGGAAGUCCUGGUGCGUACGGUGCAUCAGGAGACAAAGGAAGGAAGGGCAUCAAAGGUGAGAAAGGCCCUCGUAUGGACGUUCCAGGAACGACUGGAGUCAGAGGAGAGUACGGUAUUCCAGGGGAACCAGGAGAGAAAGGAUUAACUGGAACACCUGGGGAGAGGGGUACACCUGGUUUUGAUGGUAUUGAAGGGAAAAGGGGAGAGGCAGGUGACCCUGGAAUAUCAGGAAACCCAGGUUCAGAUGGGCAGACGGGAACUCCUGGUGACCAAGGUGAAAAAGGCUUUCCUGGAAUUCCUGGAAAAGAUGGACACCCAGGAUUUCCUGGCUUCCCAGGAAACAGAGGUUUCGUCGGCCUGAAGGGUCUUUAUGGAUUGCAUGGACUGAAGGGACAAAAGGGUCUCCCUGGAGCUGCAGGUCUGGAUAACGUUGGACCAGCUGGAGAAACGGGGGUCAAAGGAGAGAAAGGAGAGGACGGUGAGCCCAACAACCAGCCAGGUUUUCCUGGCACAGACGGUUUGAAGGGCUUCCAGGGACCUCAAGGUGACCACGGUCAACCUGGACCAGUAGGAUUCCGCGGCCCUGACGGACAACAAGCGACUCCAGGAAAACCAGGACCCAGUGGGGACCCCGGCUCUAUUGGACCAAAAGGGUACUACGGUCUUCCUGGAGACAGAGGAUUUCCCGGUGUGGAUGCUCCUCCUGGAGAAAAGGGUAUUCAAGGAAAAAAUGGUUUUCCUGGAAUCCCUGGUAGGAAAGGAUUCAAAGGAGAUCAAGGUCCAUUGGGAUACAGAGGGCCGAAUGGUAUUUCUGGGAAGAAAGGUGUGAAAGGAGAGCAAGGAUUUAUGGGAGUUCCAGGUGUGGUUGGUCUGAAGGGAGAAAGAGGGCCAUCCGGUCCAAAAGGAAAUAGUGGACCCCCAGGUUACCGUGGAAUCCCCGGCAACAAGGGCUCUCCUCCAAUUCCCAUCCGGGUUCCUGGAGAAAGGGGCCCUCCAGGACCACAGGGUAUCCGAGGACCAGGCGGGGUUAAAGGGCAACCAGGACCACACGGUCCCCCUGGGGAACCAGGUUUCAUGGGACCCAUUGGGCAGAAGGGCAUGCCUGGGAUCAGCGGCACACCAGGAACACCUGGAUUUCGUGGAACGGUUGGACAAAUGGGCCACCCCGGUCUGCAAGGCAUGGAAGGUCACCGUGGCCACCCUGGUAUCCCAGGGUUACCUGGCAUGCCUGGCCGCAGCGUCAGCGUCGGUUACUUGCUGGUGAAACACAGUCAGUCAGAGCAGACGCCUAUGUGUCCCGUCGGCAUGUCGAAACUGUGGGACGGCUACAGUCUGCUGUACCUCGAAGGCCAGGAAAAGGCCCACAACCAGGACCUGGGUUUGGCCGGCUCUUGCCUCCCGCGGUUCAGCACCAUGCCCUUCCUGUACUGUAACCCUGGAGACCUUUGUUACUACGCCAGCAGAAACGACAAGUCCUACUGGCUGUCAACGACCGCUCCUCUUCCCAUGAUGCCCGUCGAAGAGGGAGAGAUCAAACCGUACAUCAGCCGCUGCUCAGUGUGUGAAGCUCCGUCGGUCGCCAUCGCGGUCCACAGCCAGGACAUCACCAUCCCACAGUGUCCUGCGGGCUGGCGCAGCUUGUGGAUCGGCUACUCCUAUCUCAUGCACACCGCAGCUGGAAACGAAGGCGGAGGUCAGUCCUUGUCAUCGCCCGGCUCCUGCCUGGAGGACUUCCGCACGACACCAUUCAUCGAGUGUAACGGGGCCAAAGGCACAUGCCACUACUUUGCAAACAAGCACAGCUUCUGGCUAACAUCCGUAGAUCAGUCGUUCCACGCCGAUCCGUCAUCGGAGACACUCAAAGCGGGUCAGCUCCUGUCACGCAUCAGCCGCUGCCAGGUCUGCAUGAAGAACUUGUGAAAGACUAAAGAAGCCGUUCCAUUGACAGUCGUCUAGGUGUCGUCUCCUUAUCAGUGUACAUCAAACAAAAGGGGGAUCUGAAAUACUGAUUUAGAUUCAUGUAAAUGGGAAGCUCAGAUAUGCAAUGACUGUGCGACGCCUUUGAGCUUUUAACGAAACGCCCCGCUGUAGAUAAAAACAGAAGAAACCCCCGUAAUGACAACGUCAAACAAGUAUUUUUGUGUUAAAUGUGGAUUGGUGCUUACUGUUUAACUUAUUACCUCAGCUACUAUGACACGUUGUUACCGAUCAUACACUACAGCUGAACCAAAGACGCCUGUGUGUGUGUGUGUGCGCGCACCGCUUCAGUUUAUCUAGAUGUUUUUAUUGUUGAGGGCGUACAGCCCACCAUAAAGCCACUAACUCUGCAGCCAACUGAAGAAUGUGUUGAGGUCUUGAACAAAAUGUUGGUUGAUACUAUUGACAGUAUUAUCCUGUUUUUUUUUGUUUUUUUUUACUCUACGCUCUUUACAAAACCUAUUUUUUAUAACAUGACUGUUUUCAAGCAUUUAGUCUGCCGACUUACUCUUCACACGAUGCACUGAUUCUCUUUGUAUUUAUACCAGAUGAAUGAACUUGACCCCUUCUGCCUUUCUUAGACUUUAAAUAUACAUAUAUAUCUUUUUAACACCACUCAUGUCACACAAUCUACUAACUACAGAACUGCACCGAGCUGCCAACAGCACAGGAUGUAAACAGCUCAGGUCAAAGGUCGUUGUUGCUCCAUUAUUUUACACAGUAGGUCAAAUGUUCACUUUUUUUCUCUCUCUCUCUUUAGAAAUAAACAGUUUGAUUAGACCCGGCAAUAUGCACGACAACAUUUGUUUAAAUUGUAAUAUAAUUAUGGUAAUUUUCAUAACAUCAUUUCAUUGGAUUGUAAAGAUUAAAUGUUGUUUGUUAUACACGUC